UUACCACAUCAAAUUAUACGAAAGUACGUCGACAGCAAGUUUGAUCCCGAAGUGAAACGGUUUCUGCCUGCGAGCUGUAUGGAUGAACUGAUAACGUCGGAUACCGUCAUUAAAGAAAUAUUUGGGAAAGACGAAUUGGCACCUGAAGAUUUAGAUCUGCGAGAGGGGCCAACGAUAUCAGAACUUGUUGGAUUCGUGCUCUCAAAAGCAAAGAAGGUGUUUGCGAUCACUAUUCUCAGUGGUCUCCGUGGUAAGGAAAUAGAGAGGGCGGUAUUCACUUUCAUGAGGGCAGACUUCACCGAUAGCUCCCUACCCCACUUACAUAGAAAAUUUAUUCAGGGCAAGGGCAAUCUUGCCAAAUUUGCCAUUAAGCAAUUCAUGCCUCCCCCGGAUUCCAAAUUGGAAGACGACAUUGAUUGGAUCUGGGAGCCCGAAGUCAUGCUGUUGGAGGAAAUACGUGGCCUAAGUCACCCGAAUCUUACUCAAGGUAUUGCUGCAAUAAGAAGAGGCAGAGAACGCUAUGUAAUGUUUCCAUGGGCAGACGGUGGUAAUUUGCGAGAUUUAUGGAUCGAUAACCCGGAACCAAAGGUCACAGCAGGUCUAGUCCGUGACAUUAUUGAGCAACUUUUGGGGAUGGCCGAGGCAUUAAUGCGAUUACAUUUUUGGACAGACCAGCCUCAUGUUCGUCAUGGAAACAUCAAGCCAGAAAAUAUCUUAGUCUUUCCGACAGGAGACAAGUCAUGCAUAGGAACCUUAGAGCUAUCCGAUGUGGGGUCAGUCCGAGAUCAUUCUGCUCGCACUCAACUUCGAUCACGAAAUUCAGGAAAUUCUUAUGGGACUGUGAAGUACGAGCCACCGGAGUCUGUUACCAAGAAACUAUCUCCAAGGUCUAGGCUGUCUGACAUUUGGUCCAUGGGAUGCGUUACUGUAGAAUUUAUGGUAUGGCUUCUGUAUGGCUAUGAAGAACUCAAAGAGUUCAAUGCACACAUCAGUGGAAAGCUAGAGGAGCCAAGCCGUUUCUUUGUGGUCGACCAGAUAGAGGACCAAGGGCAGCAAGGCACCUUUCCACAACUCGUUGCCAACGUUCACCCUGCUGUCCAAGCUUGUAUUGAUCAUAUGUCAAAGGACAAAGAGUGUGUAGGAGAGACGGCAUUAGGAGAUCUCCUUAAUAUUGUCAAAACGAAACUUCUAGUUGUC